UUACCCAGUAUGCAUUAUUCCCACAGCCAUCUCUGCUGUAAGUGGGAGUGACAGGCAGCGACAGGGAUCCAUCUGGAGAAGUGAAAAUGCUGCUAAAUGGGAAAAAAAUAAAACUGAAAUGUGCCGACUGAAAAUGCGUACGAUAUCAUUAAUUAGCUCAUGGAUUCCUCCUUGUUUUCUUAGUCGGCUGCUAGUUUGUCGAAGUUGGCUAGUUGCUCAUCGUAAAGAGCUAGCUUUGUUGCACCUGUCAUUGUGCAGGCUUUUCUGAUGCUUUCACGGCAGCUGAAAAUAACUGAAUCUAUUAUCGUAGUCAGACUCGGUCUUUAAGAAGAAAUCAUCUUGGUCGCUUAAAAAGUCGUGACAGUUCCGUUUGCGGUGUUAGCUGUGCUGUUAGCAUAGUGGCUAACUAGCUCACACCGUUGUAGCACUGAAGUGUUAGACUAUUUGGAUAAAGGCGCAGCAUUGGCAGCCCAGUUAUAGUGUUACUCUUCAAUUAUUUUAAACUUUUUCUGAUGAUUUCCCUUAAGGUGGAAAUUUUGCAAGUCACAAUUGUAGCGCGGUGUAGCUAGCCAGCCACAGUGCUACGUUCAACAAGCGCCAGAACUAGCCAAUUUGACUGAUGACUAGCUAAGCAGUUUAACUUUAUAAUGGAAGCUUUACGUACAACUUUCAUCUAUAUUUAUGUAUGCAUAUAUUUUAUUGUGUGUGUAUAAACAUUGAGACCAAGCAUAUUUGUGUUAAAUGCUCAAUAACUUGCAGUUUGUUAAAACAACACGUUAUAAUUCGAGCCGACAGCUGUCUCGUUUGGUCUAUCUCAGUAGGGUUUUAUAUGUGACUGAUUUCAGGUAAUAAAGCGACUAAUUGUAUGUCUGAAACAUAUGUAAAUAGCACUUAUGUGGAAUGGGUUGAGGCAAAUAAAGUUGCAUGUUGGAUAGUGGUUACGUGUUUUCCAAGGUUCAGGUUGAAUCCAAUCUAGAAAUUCUCAGACGUCGAGAAAAAUAAUAAAUUUAAAAUCUCAUAAAGUAAUUGUUUAAUUGGUGAAUAAAUUGUCCCUAAGUGUGAGUGUGUCUCCUUAAUGAACUGGAGACCUGACCAGGGGAUAAUGGAGAUUCAUAAUGCAGAUGAAUUCCUGGUGACUGAUGGACUUGCACCAGCCCCCUCACCUUACUAAGGAAAAAGCAUUUCAAGAAAUGCAUGACUGAUUCUGCAGCUGCUUCUCUUAAGCAAAAACACCAACAAUGCUAAACAAGUUAUUCUAGGGCAGUCUCAAACACUCAGAAAUCAUCGCUUUACCGGUUUUCUGUUUUAAAGGCUGCUGCUAAAAUGGGGUCAAUUUAGGAUUAUCUUCAACUAAAUGUUUUUGUAAUGUUCAGAUGUUAUUUAAAAUGCAAGCAGGCACUAAAUGAACCUUAAUGAACUACAUUAAUCAGUCGGCUGUAUAAAAACCACGUACAGAGUGCUGCUGUAAAAAGCUGCCUGGAGGUCCAAACAGUUACUCACAAAAGGUGUUUUCGAAGGAGCUUCGACAAUCAAAACUACUGAAAAGGUAUCAGAAAGUGUGAGGUUCAGAACUGCAGACAAUGAAGACAUAUUUGAACAAGAAUCACACAGUCGGUGUUUUUUCCUCACGGUGCCACCAAAGGGUGCGUGUGUGUGUGUGUGUGUGUACGGUGGACCAUCAGGAAGCAAGAUUAAAUAAAAUUAGGAUUCCAAAGUGGAACGUAAGAUGGCGAUUUUUAAAAUAAACAAGUUUUGGCUGAAGUAUGCUCUUAGCCCAGAUAAACCGGGACUCCCAGGGAAUGUCAGAGUUUCACGAUGCCGACGGGCAGCCGGUUACUCUCUGUCUGGCAGAAGCCGUGACGGUGGCGGAUGGGGAUCAGAUGGAGAAUAUGGACACAGUGAGCCUGCAGGCCGUCACUCUUGCAGAUGGCUCCACUGCAUAUAUCCAGCAUGAGACCAAAGCUUCGUUUUCAGAUGGUCAGAUCAUGGAUGGUCAGGUGAUCCAGCUGGAGGAUGGCUCAGCUGCAUAUGUUCAGCAUGUGUCUAUGCCCAAGACAGGAGGAGACGGUUUACAGCUUGAAGACGGGCAGGCUGUCCAGCUAGAAGAUGGAACGACGGCUUAUAUUCACACACCCAAAGAAACGUAUGACCAGAGUGGCUUGCAGGAGGUCCAGUUGGAGGAUGGAAGCACCGCCUACAUCCAGCACACGGUGCACAUGCCUCAGCCCAGCACCAUCCUGGCCAUCCAGGCUGACGGUACCAUUGCCGAUCUGCAGGCUGAAGCCACAGCCAUCGACCCUGAAACCAUCAGUGUUCUUGAGCAAUAUAGUACCAAGGUGGAGAACAUAGAAAACCCUUUGGGGCCCUUUGGCCAAAUGGAAGCAGACAGCAGUGUCCACAUGCGGAUAGUGCUACAGGGUCAGGACCACAGGCCAGCAAGAGUGUCCCAUGUAGGAGAGAAGUCCUUCCACUGUGAUUAUGAAGGCUGUGGAAAGCUCUACACCACUGCCCACCACCUCAAGGUACAUGAGCGCUCCCACACAGGUGACAAACCAUACAUCUGUGAAUUUCGUGGCUGUGGGAAGAAGUUUGCAACAGGUUAUGGACUGAAGAGUCACUCACGCACACACACCGGGGAAAAGCCAUACAGAUGUCAGGAGAUGAACUGCUGCAAGUCCUUUAAAACCUCUGGAGACCUUCAAAAGCACACAAGGACUCAUACAGGUGAAAAGCCUUUCAAGUGCCCAGUUGACGGCUGCGGCAGGUCGUUUACCACCUCCAACAUCCGCAAAGUUCACAUCCGAACACACACGGGUGAGCGGCCAUACUACUGCUCUGAGCCUACCUGUGGACGCACGUUCGCCAGUGCCACCAAUUACAAGAACCAUAUGAGGAUUCACACCGGGGAGAAACCAUACGUGUGCACAGUACCUGGGUGUGAAAAGCGCUUCACAGAAUACUCCAGCCUUUAUAAACACCACGUUGUACACACACCUUGUAAACCUUACAACUGUAAUCACUGUGGGAAGACCUACAAGCAGAUCUCCACACUCGCCAUGCACAAACGCACAGCUCACAAUGACACCGAGCCCAUUGAGGAGGAGCAGGAGGCGUACUUUGAACCUCCAGCAGAUGCCAUAGAUGAUCCAAAUGUAAGCUACACUCCAGCUGUAGUUGAAGCGGAUGAUUCUGGCUCAGAGCAGGUUCCUGUGGAGUCGUCAGACUUGGUUGGUCAGGAGCAUGUCGCCUUGGUAACUCAGGAAGAUGGGACACAACAGCAGGUCAGUAUCUCUGAAGCAGACUUGCAAGCAAUGGGUGGAACAAUCACCAUGGUAACCCAGGAGGGCACAACCAUAACCAUCCCAGCUCAUGAACUGGCAACACAAGGUGCUCAUUCGGUUACCUUGGUAGCAGCAGCAGACAGCACAGAUGAACAGGUGGCCAUCAUGACGCCCGACAUGGCCACGUUCCACACUGUGGAGGAAGCAAGCUACAGCCAAGAACAAGACAACAUUCAUCCCGUCACUUUACUGGCCACCUCCAACGGCACACACAUCGCUGUACAGCUGACUGAUCAGCCGUCGCUGGAGGAAGCCAUUAGGAUAGCAUCAAGGAUACAGCAGGGAGAGUCACCAGGCCUGGAUGAUUGAUGAACUCCUUAUGGACAAAAAAAAGACUGUUUAACUUUAUAAGUGGGAGAAAUUAUGAGUCUUCCUUCUAUUUGUUUUCACAGAUGAAAGUUGCUCUCAUGUGUACAUAGGAUUUUAAUAAUCUGAAUUAUGUUGUGUAUUUUUCCCCUCAUAAAAACAUUUGGGGGAUGCCUUCAAAUGUUAAAAGUGUACAGUAAAUGCUAUUUGUAAACAAA